AUGGCCGACCAGAAGAGACCACGCAGCCCCGCCGCCUCAGAGGCCGAGUCUGAGAGCGACUGGAUCACCAUCAACAUCUCCCACCGCCAGACGACAUGCGCCGUGCAGUUUCCCCCAGACGCCACCGUCGUCCAGCUCUUUGAAGAACUCGAGGCGACGCUCGACAUUCCCGUGGCCAACCAAAAGAUCCUCGUACCCAAGGGCCCGCUGCUCAAAGCACCCUUCAAGAACCCUGACAUGGCCCUCACCGAACUUCAGGGCAAGACGCUCAAGCUCAUGGGCUCCGCCUCAUGUGAGGUUCAGGCCGUGCAGAGCAUGUGCGAGAGGAUCAAGCAACGUGCCGCAGCGCGCCUAGCAAACCGCGGCAAGGCACGCACCCAGAGAAAACAAGCCGAGGACCCCGGCAUCAAGGCGACGAUGAAGAAGCGCAAGUACACCGUUGCGCUGCUCACGGAGAUGGAGCCCUUGUCGAAUACACAGUCCACGCACGAGGGCACGUCGAGAAUUCUCGGCCUCAACCGCAAUAAGGGCGAGGUCAUUGAGCUGCGGCUGCGAACCGAUGCGCACGACGGCUACCGCGACUACAAGACGAUUCGCAAGACGCUGUGCCACGAGCUGGCACAUAAUAUCCACAGCGACCACGAUCGCAACUUUUGGGACCUGUGCCACACCAUCGAGCGCGAGGUGGAUAGCGCAGACUGGAAGUCGGGAGGCCACACGGUGGGAGAAACGUCGCGCUACGUCAUCUCUGGCCAGCAAACGUACGAUGACGAGGAGGAAGAAGACGGUGGCGGCUGGACAGGGGGCGAGUUCGUCCUCGGCGGCGAUGGCCAGGGCGGUGUCGCCGCUGCGGGUAGCAUCACCGCCGGUCUGAACCGGCGCGAGGUCCUCGCACAGGCGGCCUUGGAGAGACAGCGCAAGGAAACGCAGGAGGAAGCCAAGGCUGUUGAGGCGGCGGAGAAAGGAUGGAGGCCGUGCCAAAGGCAGCAACCAAGCGACGAGUCUCCUGAGUGA